GCCGUAUAAUUAAUCGGCCGCUGCAACAUUUUUUAAAUUUAUUUUCUACUAACUACGAGACCAAUAAACAAAUUAUGUUCGUCUUCGGCUAUGGUUCUCUUCUUUGGAAUCCAAAUUUUUCCUAUGAAUUGGCAAUCCCUGGUGUUGUAAUGGGAUAUUCCCGUCGUUUUUGGCAACUGAGUCCCGAUCAUCGUGGCACUCCUGAUAGUCCUGGUCGAGUUGUAAGCCUGGUUCCAGAUACUGAAGGUUCUUGCUGGGGAAUUGCUUAUAAAAUUCCUGAAGAGCGUGUGCAACAAACUAUUGAAUAUUUGGACAUGAGAGAGCGAGCUGGUUAUGAGUUGCAAAUAGUUGAAUUCUACCCAAUUAAUGGUUCUGAGCCUUUCUCGCUGAAUGUCUAUAUUUCUCCAAUCAGUCGAGAUAAUAUUUACAAUUCUGGUCCUUGUGACAUCAGUGUAAUAGUCAAACAGAUAAUUCGAAGUCGUGGUUGCAGCGGCAGUAAUUUGGAAUAUGCCCUCAGACUUGCUGAUUGCCAAAGACGUAUGGCACCAAAUAUAUUUGAUGAACACUUAUUCCAAAUUGAAUCGAAAUUGUUAGAGGAAUGUGAAUACUUACAACAUGAUGACUCUAUUUUGGAAAAAUUGCAAUAUGAUUUGCCUUAUUUGGCUAAUAAAAAGGGAAAAAGGAAGAGAAAUGAAAGCACUAAAGGUUAAAACUUUUUAAAAAUAUGGACAAUAAAAAACUUAAAAAAAGCCGGUGUGAAGAAAAGAAGAAUUUUUAAUGAAUUCUAAUCAUCAAAAAAUAAUUUAAAUAUAUUCACUUGUGUGUUGUUUAUUGGUUUCAGAUUAAUUAGCAAUUGCCUAGUAUUUUUUAAAAAUUAACCCUUAAUUGAUCUCUUUGUCUUUCACUGAAAUUUUGUUUUAAAUUAAAUUUUGAGUUUACCUGGUAAUCCAUAAAUUGUCAAAAUUAAGUGGGUGUUCUUUUUAGAUAGGUUAGCGAGGUUUAGUCGGGUUUCUUGACGGGUCUUCAAAAAUUUCUUCUGAUCUUUUUCGAGUCAGGAAGAAGUCCGGGUAUUGGGUCUCAGAUCGGGUUUUGGAAAUCUUUUCUGAUCAUGUUUCGAUUUUCUGGUAACCCAUGACAUCUCUGUUCCAUAUGGUUAACGAUUUUAUUUUCUAGGAAGGAUAAUUAAUUUUUUUCUUGAAUAGAAUUUAAGCAGAUGCCCAAGUAUAAUUUAUUUUUCCUUUUUCAAAAUUUAACUCAAUUUUUGGGGAUAGAUUAGUUUUUUGUUUCUCUUUCAAUUUUUUAAAAGUAAUUUAGAGGGAUUAAAAAUAUGCCUUGUAAAAUGGUCUGGUCUAACUUUUUUCCGUUUGAAAUGGACGCCCACUGCCCUUAAUUUGUCAUUUAAUCGACUAAAGGAAAAUGUCAAUUAUUUAUACUUUUUAUGGAUUAAUAUUUUUGUUGUUAUC